CUGAUCAAUAUCUCUUCUGAAAUAGAAAUAUGUGGGAGGAGAGGAAAAUUGGACAGAUUUCCUUUAGAAAAGUUUCUAAUUUAGAGAUAGUGGAAUAAUUGUGUUGAUGGGAGACUAAAUUUGGAGUGUAAUUGUUCAUAAGACAUUGUUUAUAUACAAGUCUCUGGAUGAUUUUAAUUCCAUACACUUUCCAAACAUUAAAAGCUGUGUAAGUUUGAGAGGGAGACCUGUUAGGUGAGCGAAUGCGUUCUUCCUCUUUGAGACCUUUGACCUUGGUCAUAGAGGCAUUGCUUCUGAUCUUUUGUUGUCAUUGUGUAAUCUUAAAUUAAGGUUGUACAUUAUUACAUAUGAUAGCUUUAAGCUUCAUUUCCAGUAUUGCCAGGUUUUAUGGCUAUCAAGUUAAUUGUUGUGUUGGCACUUACAACUUUGGGGAUGAAAAGGAUAAAUCAGAAAUAGCUUACUCUUUCUCUCCUUCCCCAAAGCUCCCACCCCUCCAUUUUGCCUCCCCAAAUGAGACGAGACCGCACUUCAUGAAGUCCCAGUCCUCUGACAUGCCUAGAGACAAAUGCACAUCCUGAACGAAACAAGCACUCAAGCAGCGGUAUAGAAUGAAUAAAAUACAUUCAUCUGUUGGCAGUACAGUCCAAAUAGUAUAAGCCUAGAAUAUGAUCUUAAAGAGUCUUGAAAGAAUAAACCCAGGGUAUAAUGUUAAACAGGACCCAUGGAAAUUCAGAUAGCAUAUGACCGUACACUCCUAAUAUAAUAAACCAAGAGUGUAAUGUUAAAGAGUCCCAUGUGGAAAGAACAAAAAAUACAUAUAUUUAUAUUAUGAUAGAUGCCAUAUACUGUAUAUCCCGGUCAGGAUGCCCUUCUGAGGAGAGGACUGGGGGAGUACAGUUAUCAUCUGCAGUACCUCCCACAGGACACAAGAGGGCAGAGGCCACAGGACUGGAGCUUAGAAGCUCAUCCCAGCGGGGACCUGUGGCCACCACCAGGGGCGCCUGGACAGUUCCGGAGCUGUGGUCUGCAGCACUUCCUCCAGACUUGGAAUUUGAUCAAGGAGUACCUGGGGCACUUCUGGGGGAGCCAGAGUUGGGAGAAAGAGCGAGAGAGGAGUGGAGGCGGCAGAAAGAAAGGACAGGAAAGAGUUAAGAGCAUUGUGGUGUGCAAAACGAUAAUAAACGUGUGUGUUUUGGGACAUUCUGUGUCUGUGCCUGUCUGUGUCCAGGCUGAACUUAUAUACACACACACACACACAUAUUUUUUAUAUGAUCAACUGAGUAUACCUUCCACUGAUACCAUUCCAUCUGAACUAGUGUGGUGCUGAAGUGUCACCCGUUGCAGGGCUGCACUCGGGUCCUAAUCUGGGAUCCUGAGGUUGUCUGUCAUUUGGUGGGUGCAGCAAUACGCUGUAACUUCUGUAUGUAUUCGACUAAAGUCCUGAACUCUCUCAGUGUCCACAGCUCCUUCAUUACUCUCUUUCUUUCUUUCUUUCUUUCUUUCUUAUCACACUGCAGCUUUGACUCUGAAGUUGUCUAAAGUUAUUAAUGGAUUCCCUCAUGAAGAUCUCAUCAAGAUCACAGAGUACUACAAGCCUCAGCUGGCCUAUGUGAUGAACUUUGACAUCAGUAGCAUCCUGAAGCUCCUUAUCACCAAGCACAUCACCACCAAUGAAGAGGCAAAGGACCGGACCUCUUGAAGGAGACCCAGGCCAGUGUCCAGUCACUUCCCCUUGAGCCUCAUAUCAAAGAACUGAUGGUCAUCAAACAGGACAUUAAAGAUGAACUGGUCAAGACUGAGAAAACUCAGGAAAGACUUGAGAAAGCGGGAACGACAAAGAAUUGUGAGCUAAUCUGGACGGAACAGCUGUUUAAGAGAAGUCCUGAAAAUAAAAAAUCCCCUAAAAUCGUACUGGUCAGUGGGGUGGAGGGAAUUGGAAAGACCACCUUGGUCCAGAAGAUCAUGUCUGACUGGACAAGAGGCAUUCAGUACCAGAGAUUUGCAUUUGUGUUCCUGUUUAAAUUCAAAGAUCUCAACUUCCUAGACAAUGAGAAUGAGCCACUGAUGUCUCUGAUCACACUGAUUGUAAGACACUAUAAACAUCUCACUAAUGACAAACUCAUAGAAAUCCUACAGAAACCCGAAUAUCUCCUUUUUAUACUUGAUGGACUAGAGGAAUACAAACACAAACUGGACUUCACCCAGCGUCAGCUCUGCUCACUCCCAGAUGAUGAUGUUCCUGCUCAUAUCCUGGUCACCAGUCUGGUCAGUCAGAAAUUAUUGAAGGGCUGCUCAGUACUCAUAACAACCAGACCAACAGCCCUAGAGACCCUAGAUAUGGAGAGAGUUGAUCGAUUUGCUGCGAUUGUAGGAUUCUUCCCUGAACAAAGACAAAUGUACUUUAAGAAGUUCUUUGGUGAUGCUGCUCUUGGUGCUGAGGCUUUUCAUUAUGUCGAGGAGAAUUCCAUCCUGUGCACCAUGUGCUUCAGACCCUCUUACUGUUGGAGCAUCUGCUCUGCACUGAAGAAUCACUUCAUAACACCUAAAGAGUGUGGAACUUCCCCCAGAACCGCCACAGAGAUCUUUGUAAUGUUCCUUCACAGCAUUAUGACCAAUCACAGGCAACAAGCCAAGGACCGAAGGGUGAUUCUUGUUAAACUGGAAAAGAUGGCUUAUUAUGGGAUAAACAACAGGAUUCAUGUGUUUAAUGAGGAACAAGAUCUGCCCACCUUUGGCCUCCUGCCAGCCCUGUCCUCUUCGUUCCUCUCUGGGUUCCUGUACAGACAAAGCACUCUGGAGCACACAACAUAUAUGUUCUACCAGCUCAUUCUGCAGGAAUUCAUGGCUGCCUGCUACUUCUACCUCAGUCCAUCAGGGGGCAUUGAGGAGCUGCUUGUAAAUCUGGACUUGUGUAAAGAUGGCCGAUUUGAGAGUGUCAUUCGAUUCCUGGCAGGACUGGCUUGGUGUUCUAUGCUUAAAACAUUAGAGGGGAUCCUGGGGGAGUUUGAGGGGAAGACCAUAAAGCAAAUACAGGAGUGGGUGAAGCAGAAAGCUACAGGGGCGCUACAAGGUGGAGAUAAAAGUGAAGCUCUGAAGGUGUGUCACUGGCUCUGUGAGACUCAGAAUAAAGAGCUAAUUAGAGAUGCCAUUUAUGACAAUUUAAGGAUGAACUUUAGUAACAUGACUUUAUCCCUCUUGGACUAUGCUGUGUUGGCCUCUGUCAUCAGCUGCUGUGGAGAGCUUAAAGAAUUUAACCUGUCAGGCACACAUCUGACCCCAGAGUGUAUCAGGAAACUGGUGCCAGUGCUCAGCUGCUGCAGUAGACUCUGGUGA